AUUUUCAACAAAAUAAUUAUGUCAGGGUAUGACAUUAAUCGAUUUCAACCUCAACCUCAACAACAUUUACUAUGCCUGAUUUGCAAUAAAGUAGUUAAGGACCCAUAAGAAUGCAAUUUUUGUGGUUAAAUGUACUGUAAUGAUUGUGUGGCACGAAAACCAUUAUGUAAAAGUACUGAUUGUACCACUGCAGGAGCUAAUCCAUAAUAUGUUAAAAUUUAAGGAGCAAUGCUUAAGGUAUAUAAGAAUUUGAUGCUUUUCUGCUCUAAUCCUGAAUGCAAAAAAUUAUUUUCAAUUGUUGAAAUUGAAUAACAUUAGACAUAAUGUUUAAGGGCCAAAUGUUAAAAUCAUGAAAUUUGUAAAGAAUUUUUAUAAAAUGAAGAAAAUAAGUAAUUCUAUUAUAAAUAUUUUUAGAUUUUGCAGUACACUUUGUGAAAUGACUUUCUAAUUAUAUGAAAAUAUGGCAGAUUAUAGAAAAUAAUAUGAAAUAAUCAAGAAAAUUAUACCUAAAUUAUCAACAUCUCAACCCUCAAUUAAAAUAUUAUCAUCUCAAACUCUCGCUCUCGAUGGAGCAGUUUUUAAAUGGGAUAAAAAUAAAUGUGGAUCAGGAAUAACAUUGACAAGUGGUGAUACUUGUGUAUUCCUUAAAGAAAGUUCAUAUAUUUUCAGAACUGUUUUAGGAGAUUAAGUAUUCAUUCAUUUAUUAUAUUAGGGAUUUGAAAAUGGUGUUCACUAUUGGGAAAUAGAAGCAGAUAGUCGAACAGAAAAUGAACUUAAAAUUGGAGUUUGCUAAGGUAAUACCAUAAAUUUAAAUGCUGCUUUUUGUGAUUUAAAUUAAGGCUUUGCAUAUUAUGGAUUAGCCUAAUUAAGAAAUGGAAGUAAUGCAUCAGGUUAAACUUAUGGUAAAAGAUUUAAAAAAGAAGGAACACUUGGUGUAUGUCUUAAUAUGAAUAAUGGUAUUUUUAUUUUUUUAAUUAUUAAAGGCACACUCUCAUUUUCAUUGAAUGGUGAAUAUAUGGGUAUAGCAUUUAGAUCUGAUAUGCUCAAAAAAGGACCUAUCUAUGCUGCAGUAGCAUUAUUACAUUGUGCUGGUUGCACUCUUAAAACUGGAAAACAAAAACCUGCUUAUAUGGAAUGAUGUUUAUUUAACUAAAUUUUAAUCAAAAGUUAUUAUGCUCC